AUGGCUAAAUCCUGGGUUGUCGGUUUUCUUGGAGACGAAAACCACGAGCUUAUCGACGGCAUCAUCCCUGCAAAACUGGAAAGGAUCCUCUCUAACUGGGUAGCGGGGCGUCACCGACAGGAUGCAACCCGACCGCAGCAACCUGUCCGGAGUUACGCAAAAUUAAAAUGUACGUAUGUACGAUUAAGGAUCUUUUUCAUCUUGACCGAUCGGGUUUCGGGUUUGUCAUUUACGGAUAUUACAUUGUGUGGGGGCGGUUGA